AUGGCAAUAGUUUUUGAAUUAUUAUCGAAUCUGAUAUUUGUACUACUUCCCAUAUUAUUAUACUGGGUAUAUUGGAGAUAUACGCGCCGACGACUACUACAAUUGGCUUCGUUAGUGCCUGGGCCCCCUGCGUUGCCUGUCCUAGGCAAUGCUUUGCUAUUUAUAGCCCAACCCGAAGAACAAUUAAAUAAAAUUGCGGCACUAUUGAACACAUAUGGACAAUACGUUAAAUUUUGGCUCGGACCGGAUCUAAACAUUUGCGUGAAAAAUCCAUCGGAUAUAAGGUUUCUUCUCACAAGCAAUAAGGUAAAUAUGAAAGGACCUGUGUAUGAAUUUAUGGCAUCUUUCAUUGGUCGAGGGAUUCUAACAGGAGGUCCGUCAUGGCGUCUGUACAGAAAAAUAGCCACGCCGUCAUACAAUAAGAAAUCAGUUAUGAUCUUUUCUGAAGUUUUUAAUAGAGAAGCAGACGAAUUAGUAAAUACUUUAAGGAACAAAAAUCCGGAGAAAAUAUUUGAUGUUUAUUAUGAUGUGGUCCACCAAACGACACAAUGUGUCUGUCAAACACUUAUGGGACUUACAAAAGAAGAAUCGCAAAACAUCAAACACUUGGAUGAAGUUGUUCUGAAAACCCAAAGUUUAUAUGGAGUAAUAUUUUCAAAAAUGACAAAAUGGUGGUUACAUAUUCCCUUCAUCUACUGGCUAACAGAUAUUAGGAAACAAGAAAUAUAUUUUAGAAAAAUUCUAAAUGAAAUGACAACAGAUAUAUUAGACAAAAGAAAAAAAGCAUUAUAUGGGAAUGGUUUUAAAGCAAAUAACGAUUCGAUGGGAAUCGUUGACAGAUUCAUAUUAGAAGGUUUAAAUGAUGCAGAAAUUAAACUGCAAACUUUUACUCUUUUUACGACGAGUCAAGAAGCUUCAGCAAAAAUUACCUCUACAGUUUUACUAUUUAUGGCACAUCUUCCCGAAUGGCAGGAAAAGGUUUACAACGAAAUCACAGAAGUAGUUGGCUUCCACGAUGACAUCACUGAGGAUCAUUUAAAGAAAUUACAAAACCUAGAUUUAGUAUAUAAAGAAGCUCUACGCUACAUGUCCAUUGCCGCGCUAAUACAACGAACUGUCGAAGAAGAAAUCACUAUCAAUGAUGGAAAAAUAACUCUUCCAGCGGGUACUUCGUUGGUCAUUCCAAUACACGAACUGCAUCGAGAUCCACAGUACUGGGACGAACCGUAUAAGAUUAAGCCAGAGAGGUUUCUGCCAGAAAAUAUGAACAAUCGAGAUCCAAAUGCUUUUGUACCUUUUAGUCUAGGAAGCAUGGAUUGUUUAGGUCGUGUUUACGCUACCGCAUUAAUCAAAACUUUAGUCGUAAAAGUGAUACGAGAACUACAUUUAGAAGCAGAUGGAAAAAUAGAAGAUUUGGAACUUCACAUCGCAAUUUCUGUGAAAUUUUCCAAAGGGUACAAUUUACGAGUACGACCUAGAAGAACAGAAAAUACU